AUGGCCGCCUCCGUCCGCCGGAGAGCCGCACUGCCCCCAGCGCCGCCGCCGCUGCUGUUGCUUCUGAUAUGUGUUGCCGGAAUUCGAUCAGUUUCUUCCUCCACAGACCCUUCAGAUAGUGAGCAUUCCGUAUUUUCUGCAUCUCUCUCUCCCUCCCUCUGACGCACGAAGCACUCGAGUUCCCAUAAUAAAUGCGGCGCUUAUCGGUCUAACCGAUCAUUACCCAUGUUAAAAGCUGGAUUGCGAAACACGCAUGCUUAAUUACAGACGCCUGCAAUUAGUCGUUCGGCCAUGUUCGAUGACUUCUGAGCAAAAAAUUUCAGCUGCUGUGCUGAGAGCUCUGAUGGAAGACUGGGGGAACAAGCCGCCGAGCUGGAGAAGGUCGGACGAUCCCUGCGGCACCCGCUGGGAAGGAGUCACCUGCAACAAUUCAAGGGUCACUCAAUUGUCAGACCCUCCACCCUCCUCUUUAUACAGGGCCCCUUCCAUCUCCGACGUCUUAGGAGCAAUCCCCUUAACGUCUGCAUCUCUUUCAGGAGCUUGUCGACCAUGGGGCUCAAGGGGACGCUGAGCGGAGACAUCGGGCAGCUCACAGAGCUUCUGUCCCUGUAAGCUCCUCCCAUGAUACAUCACCAUCUCUGUUUCUUCCAUUCUAAUGGGAUCUAAGCAAUCAAAAGGGAACUGCAGUGAUCUUUCAUACAACAAGGAUCUAGGUGGACCGAUCACCAAAUCCAUCGGGAAUUUGAAGAAGAUCACGACUCUGUAAGACUCAUCAUCCCCAGAUUUCACAGCUGCUCUCCAUCAUUCUUCCUCCUCGUCGGCCUUUUGGUCUGAUUAAUUUGGCGUCAAUGGGUGUGUGGGGUCUUAGGAUCUUGGCCGCCUGCAGCUUCUCGGGGAGCAUCCCGUCGGAAAUCGGCGAUCUCGAGGACCUCUUGUACCUGUAAGAGUAACCAGCUCGAACUAAUGGACUUGUUGACGAAGACAAGAAGUGUAACCGUGACGAAACUUGAUUACCUGAAUCCAUCUCACUUUUCUUCGCAGAGCUCUGAACAACAAUAACCUCACGGGCAUCAUAUCCCCGAGCUUUGGGAAGCUCUCUAACCUUUAUUGGUUCGAUAUCGCGGAAAACCAGCUCACCGGGCCGAUUCCCGUCUCCUCAGGGAGCACCCCCGGAUUGGAUCAGCUCCUCAAAGUGAAGCACUUGUGAGUAUUUCUGUCUAAAAUCAAACAAUAAGGAGAAAUAUAAGGAGAUUCUCAUCUCCUCGAAGGAUAAUCUUCGGAGGCUCAUGCUAACCAGAAUCUGUCGGCCUGCCAGCCAUUUCAACAAUAACCAGCUAUCGGGAACCAUCUCGGAGAAUCUCUUCAGCUCCAACAUGACCUUGAUCCACAUGUAAGAAGCGGCGCCGAUAUGCCUGCCAGGGAUUUCCGGCCAUGGAGGGUCCGCAUCUCCUGACUGUUGGUUUGCCCACGUCUUGUAGACUCUUCGACGGGAAUAGACUGACGGGGGGCAUUCCGGAGUCGCUGGGCCUCGUGACGAAGCUGGAGGUUCUGUGAGUACCCAUUCUCCGCCGAAGCUCAGUUUUCUCGUUUGUGAUGAACAACCUCCUCUCCACUGCGUAGUGUUGGACUGAUGAUGGAUCGAUCUCCCCCAUCUGUCUGUCUUCUCUGCAACAGUCGGCUCGAUAGGAAUGGUCUGACCGGCCCAGUUCCUUCCGGGAUCGGCAACCUGACGGCCCUCAGAGAGCUGUAAGAGUAUUCCCUGGAGCAGGGCCACCUCCUUCAUCCGCUGCCUCGCGAUUCCUUCUCAUCCGCUACCUCACUCACAUCUGGUUCAGGAACCUGGCGAAUAACCGACUGACGGGAAAGAUUCCUGAUCUCAGCGGGUUGAACAUCGUGAACUAUGUGUAAGCAGCUUCCAAUUACUCGGCCGGCCGUCGGGGCCGCCGCGUCCUUCGCCGUCGUCUGGUAGUUCUCUAACGUGUCGUCCUCACUGACCGACAGAGACUUGAGCAACAACUCCUUCAGCACGUCCGAGGCUCCAGCUUGGCUCGGGAAGCUUCAAUCUCUGACCGCUCUGUGAGUCUCCGGAUAACCCAUCCGACUGCUAAUCUCUUGAGGAAUGGGGAGCCAUCUGUGACCGUCGUCGUCUUCCUUCCUCGUCCAGGGUGAUUCAGUCGGGGAAUCUCAUCGGCGAGGUCCCGUUGGCGUUUUUCGGCUUCCCGCAGCUGCAGGACGUGUAAGCUCUCUGCGACAGACUUGCACCACCAUUAUCUGGAAACUCUCAACCUGUUCUUGGAAAGCGCCUUACCGUUGACUCUCGGCUCGUGCAAACCAGGAUCCUGAGCGACAAUAGCUUCAAUGGCACCCUCAAUAUGGGGACAAACAUAAGCCCCCACUUGAAGGGAGUAGAUCUUCAGAACAACAACAUCAGCGGCAUCUCGUUCGGAUCGUUGUACGUAUUCAAGCUGAUGUGAGUGAACACGGGCCUUCCCCUCUUCCCAUCAAAAGCCAACUUUUCCCUGGAGAGAGACCCGCUUCCCUUCCUGGAUGUAACUCGGCGGUGGGUGCAGGCUCAUGGGAAAUCCUAUCUGCGACGGCAGUAACUGGGGCAACAAUUACUGCCAACAGCAGCUCCAGCAGACUCCCUACACCACCGAUCUCUCCCACUGCGGCUCCUCGACGUGCCCCGAGGAUCAGAGUCUCAGUCCCCAUAACUGUCAAUGCGUUUUCCCGUACGUGGGGACGCUGACAUUCAGAGGGCCCUUCUUCAGGGACUUGAGCAACAGGACAAGGUUCCAGGUUCUCGAGACGAGCCUCUGGACGAAGCUGCAUCUCGCAAACGGGGCAGUGUCCCUCCAGAACCCCUUCUUCGAUAGCGACAACUACCUCCAGAUUCAGCUGCGGCUCUUCCCCUCGGAUGGGCCGUACUUCAACCGCUCGGAAGUGAUGAGGAUUGGGUUCCAGCUGAGCAACCAGACCUACAAGCCUCCCCCCGAGUGGGGGUGGGGGCCUUAUGUAUUCGUCGCGUUAUCCUACCUCUUCCCAGGUAUCACCUGAUUGUUCUUCAUCUUCUUCUUCUUCUUCUUCAUCAUCUGGGGAAACAACGCGUUUCAGCUGAGGAGGCCGGUGGCGGGAAGACGUCGAUUGGCACGGGCGUGGUGGCCGGGAUAGCGGCCGGAGGCGCUAUCCUAGCGGUUGGGAUGAUAUUCCUGGCCGUCUACGCCAUGAAGCAGAGGAGAAGGGCUCAGAGGGCCGUGGAACAGAGUAGACCUUUUGGUGAGUUUCGGAAGAACAGGAUACCUGGAUCUCCACCCCGCCAUUGUUUCCUUAUUUCUUGGCUCGUUUCCUUCAGCAUCAUGGGGGUCGGCGGGGAAAGACGCCAGCGGCGCGCCGCAGCUGAAGGGAGCGAGAUUCUUCUCCUUCGACGAGCUCAAUAGGAGCACCAACGGCUUCUCAGAAGCUAAUGAGAUCGGAUCCGGAGGCUACGGGAGGGUAAAAAAAACCAUUCAUGUCUCCAUCUCUCGGCCUUCCCUAUGAUUUCUGCUUCAUCGAGAGGCCCAUCGUGAAUUGUACUCCUCUUCCCCCCGAUCCUCAGGUCUACAGGGGCGUUCUUCCGGGGGGCCAACUCGUCGCCAUCAAAAGAGCGCAUCAGGGAUCCACGCGAGGUGCGCAGGAGUUCAAGACCGAGAUCGAGCUGCUCUCGAGGGUCCAUCACAGGAACCUCGUUGGCCUCGUCGGCUUCUGCUUCGACCAGAAUGAACAGAUGCUUGUCUACGAGUACAUCCCCAACGGAACCCUAAGGGAGAGCUUGUCCGGUGAGCUAACCGCUGAAGGAAAUUCUCCGGCGAGGACCAUGAAUCCCUCCGUAACCGGAGUAGAUCUUCGUGCAGGGAAGAGCGGGAUCCAGCUCAACUGGAAUUGGAGGCUGAGGGUCGCCCUUGGCUCGGCGAGGGGACUAGCCUACCUCCACGAGCUCGCAGAUCCGCCGAUCAUCCACAGAGACGUCAAGAGCAGCAACAUCAUCCUGGACGAGGAUUUGACGGCCAAAGUUUCCGACUUUGGUCUCUCCAAGCUGAUCUCUGACUGGGAAAAGGGACACGUCUACACCCAAGUCAAAGGAACCCUGGUGAGACUUCCUGCUUCCCUCCCUCCCCAGAAGUGAACUCUCCCCUUCUGUUCGCUGAGGGUCUCAUUGGGUGUUCUCUCUCUCUCUCUCUCUCUCUCUCUCUCUCUCCCGCUCUCUCUCUCUCUCUCCCCCCCCUCUCUCUCUCUCUCUCUCCCGCUCUCUCUCUCUCUCUCUCUCCCCCCUCUCUUCUCUCUCUCUCUCUCUCUCUCUCUCUCUGUGUCUGUGUCUGUAUCUCUCUCUCUCUCCUCUCUCUCCCUCUCUCCCCUCUCUCUCUCUCCCCCCCUCUCUCUCUCUCUCCCGCUCUCUCUCUCUCUCUCUCCUCUCUCCCCCCUCUCUCUCUUCUCUCUCUCUCUCUCUCCGCUCUCUCUCUCUCUCCCCCCUCUCUCUCUCUCUCCCGCUCUCUCUCUCUCUCUCUCUCUCUCUCUCUCUCCCCUCUCUCUCUCUCUCUCCCCCUCUCUCUCUCUCUCUCCCGCUCUCUCUCUCUCUCUCUCUCUCUCUCUCUCUCUAUCUUUCUUUCUCUUUCUCUGUCGCAGGGCUACCUCGAUCCGGAGUACUAUAUGACCCAGAUGCUGACGGACAGGAGUGACGUCUAUAGCUUCGGGGUGGUGAUGCUGGAGCUGAUCACCGGGAAGGUACCCGUCGCGAAGGGGAGAUACAUCGUUCGCGAUAUCAGCGCCACCAUGAACUCGCAGGACCGGGACCUAUGCGGCCUGACGGACUCCAUCGAUCCGUACCUCCGCAACUCGCCGGCCCUCGCCGGCUUUGGCAGGUUCGUCGAUCUGGCCAUGCGCUGCGUCGAGGGUUCGGCGGCGGCGCGCCCCACAAUGAGCGAUGUCGUGAAAGAGAUCGAGUCCAUCUUGCGGGACGAAGGGGUCAACACGGCCCCCCCCUCUUCGGCCUCCUCCGCCACAGACAUCAGCGCGGCGAGCGGCGGCGGCGGCCGCGCCCGCCCCCGCCACCCCUACGGCGACCCCGUGGUGAGGAAGGAGGUGAGCAGCGACUCAUUCGACUACGGCGGCGUCUACGCCUUGCUCGCCAUGGUAAAACCGAAGUAG